GUGCUCAUUGGGGUCCUGCAUUUCCUGCCAUGGCAUACGCGAUUCACGCAAUUCGAAGUCGCACUCCAGAAUGAAGAGCCGUCAGUCUCCUUACCAUAUUGGGACUCGACCCUUGACCAAGGUCUACCGGAGCCAUCAGAUAGCGUGAUGUAUGCAUUACUUGUGGAGGAACCUGUACCUUACCUGAGCGCUAACUGGUCAUCCUAUUUGGACCUGUCCACUGGCGGUGCGCGAGCAGACGAUCGUCCGGAGGCACAGCCUCGUACAUUGAAUGGAUUAAGUCCCGGCUAA